AAGAUGAGCUCUGCGCCUGAGCAAAGUGGGAGGCGGCUCUCUCGCUGAAGGCUACAGCGCAUGCGCCAUCUCCGGAGCCGCGCCAUAGCUCCCUCUAGCCACCGCCCUCAUGGGGCCCAGUGUGCCUGUGCAGCUGCUUAAUGCCCGCCCUUUGCGCAAAAAUACAGCCUCAGGUUGCAGACACCGGUGGAUUUGCUUUGGAGCCGGAGUAGCUGCUGUCCCCAGAGUCUGGAGCCAUGAGCGGUUUUAAUUUUGGAGGCACUGGGGCCCCCACAGGCGGGUUCACCUUUGGCACCGCGAAGACCGCAACGACCACGGCCACUACGGGCUUUUUUUCCUCCACGUCCGGCACUGGCAGGUUCAGCUUUGGGAUUCCCUCCCAGUCAGCCGCCAGCACCCCUUCCACCAGCCUGUUCUCACUCAGCACCCAGACUCCCGCGACACAGACCCCGGCCUUCAACUUUGGGACCACGACGCCUGCAGCAGGAGCCACCGGAUUUUCCUUAGGGAGCAACACCCCAAAGCUGAGCCUGGGCAGCACGGCCGCAGCCCCAGCCCCGACGCAGCCCAGCGGCUUCGGGCUCGGGGGCAGCACGCUCAGUGGUGCGGUCUCCAGCGCCAGCACGUCCGCCCAGGGCGCGGCGCCCGGCGGCUUUGUGUUUGGCUCCACCACCGCAUCUGCUGCCCCGCCCACCACGUCCACGUCCGGGGGCUUCUCGUUCACGAGUGGGAGCGCAUCCCAGACGGGGACCUCUGGCUUCAACGUAGGCUCCCUUGGGGGCCCGGCCCAGCCUCCAGCCCUCAGCGGGCUGCCCUUCACCGCUGCCACUCCGGCAGCUACCGGAGCGGGAGCCACCCAGCCAGCCGCGCCCACCCCCGCCGCCACCACCGCCAGCGCCGGGCCCUCGCUCUUCACCUCGCUGGCAGCCGCUCCCACCUCGUCCACCGCCACCGGGCUCUCCCUUGGCACCCCAGCGACCACUGCGGGGACAGCGGGAGCGGGGACGCUGGGCUUCAACCUGAAGCCCCCUGGAGCAGCUUCCACCACCUCCACGGCGGCAACCACCACGACCACGACUGCCGCCACUACCAGCACCACCGGCUUCUCCCUGAACAUAAAGCCGCUGACUCCAGCCGGGAUCCCCAGCAACACGGCGGCCUCUGGGAGCACGCCCUCUGGCCCCAGCGCAGCUGCUGGGGGGUCGGCCAGUGCCGCGCUGACCUACGCCCAGCUGGAGAGUCUCAUCAACAAGUGGAGCCUGGAGCUGGAAGACCAGGAGCGGCACUUCCUGCAGCAGGCCACGCAAGUCAAUGCCUGGGACCGCACGCUGAUCGAGAAUGGCGAGAGGAUCACCAGCCUCCACCGCGAGGUGGAGAAGGUGAAGCUGGACCAGAAGCGGCUGGACCAGGAGCUCGACUUCAUCCUGUCGCAGCAGAAGGAGCUGGAGGACCUGCUGAGCCCACUGGAGGAGUCGGUCAAGGAGCAGAGCGGCACGGUGCACCUGCAGCACGCCGAUGAGGAGCGCGAGAAGACCUACAAGCUGGCAGAGAACAUCGACGCGCAGCUCAAGCGCAUGGCCCAGGACCUCAAGGACAUCAUCGAGCACUUGAACACGGCGGGGGGCCCGGCCGACACCAGCGACCCGCUGCAGCAGAUCUGCAAGAUCCUCAACGCGCACAUGGACUCGCUGCAGUGGAUCGACCAGAACUCGGCGCUGCUGCAGAGGAAGGUGGAGGAGGUGACCAAGGUGUGCGAGGGCCGGCGCAAGGAGCAGGAGCGCAGCUUCCGCAUCACCUUCGACUGAGCCCGCUGCCCAGGGCGGGGUGGGGUUACUGUCGCGUUGUUGGGGUGCAGGGAAAUACAUAUUUGUGUGUUUCUGUCUUUCAAACAGUUGCGCUGUUGAUAGAACUGUUCUGUGGCUUGACUUUUCUUAGUGAGUAGAAAGUAUUCUCAGCGCUCUGGUCCAGGCAGCAGCCUCCUUGCAGGUGUGGUUUCUCCAUGGCCUAGACCUUCUCCACCUGCUACAACUACCCUCCUCCAGUUGUGCUGGAGGAGGGCUGAGCCGCCAGAGAGCCGCCUGUCUCCCAGCCAGAGCACCAGGCCUCCACUCUGCCAGACCCAGAGUCAGAGAUAAGGGAAGGAGAGCUCCAUCCUCACGGAGCCAGCUGCCUGGAGUGAGUGUGCGCAGUUCAAAGAAGUGGCUUGUGGAUGGAGUGGACAGUGGGAUGUAGGAUUUCAAAGGAGAGACAGGUCAGAAGAGAAAAGAGGUCUCCCCUUGCCUGGCUGACACGCCGCAUCAGCCACCCUGAAGCCGGGUCGGGUGCCGUCCUGCGGGCCGCCCCCCACGCUGAGCUUGUGACCGCACACCUUUGGUAACACUGGCCACACUAGACUGUGCAGACUACUCACUUCUCCCCUCACCACCAGGUUGUGUGCCCUGUGGGCCUGUUUCCUGUCCCCCCUGUGUGCUCAGCACAGUCCCUGUCACACAGAUGAACAGUAGAGAUGAGACAGCAUAAAACACUUGCCCACCAAAUGAAUGCCUGUGGAAGUGGCCAGGGUGCCAGGGGCAGCCACAGACUUGAUUCUGAGCCUCCCAGAGUCAGGGCAAACCUGGUCGGUUCCAGUGAGAUCCAGUGGCCAGAAGCCAGCUGUGUCCCAGGUGUCUUUUGUGUUUGUCUUUACAUUCUGCUGUACUCUCUGAAAUACCUACGGCUGUAUGUUGCUUUUCUAAAUAAAAUGUAUUGUGGAAUUUAAAA